CUCUUGACCAAAAUCGAGGGCUAAAAUAAAAAACAUAUAGUUACAGUGACUUCUCAACCGGUAGUGCUUCUUACGGCGUUCUCGCAUACAGAAUUAGCAAUAUGGCGGAUAACAGUGAAACCGUCACAAACGGUGGGGAAAAUGUUUUGUUCUCUAGCCCGGAAGAGGGUGAUGAAGUGGUCAUUUCGGGCAUUGCUGGAAGGUUUCCAGACUCAGAUAACUUGACGCGUUUUAAGGAAAAUCUCUUCAAUAAGGUUGAUCUUGUCACCAACGACGAUCGCCGUUGGAAAUUAGAUCAUCCGGAAAUUCCCCAGCGGACAGGAAAAGUAAAUGGAAUUGGAAAAUUUGAUUCGCUAUUCUUUGGCGUGCACUUCAAGCAAGCGCACACCAUGGACCCCAUGUGCAGAAUGUUGUUAGAACAUGCCUACGAAGCUAUUAUUGAUGCUGGCGUUAAUCCGCGUCAACUCCGUGGAAGUAACACUGGCGUGUUCAUUGGCGCUUGUUUUUCUGAGUCGGAAAAGACUUGGUUCUAUGAAAAACUUCAGGUGAACGGAUUUGGUAUCACGGGCUGCAGUCGAGCCAUGCUGGCUAAUCGAAUCUCUUACUGGCUCGGAUCUCACGGACCGAGCUACACUGUAGAUUCGGCAUGUAGUUCAAGUCUCUUCGCCUUGGAUCAUGCAUACAGAGCAAUCAAAAGCGGGCAGUGCGACGCUGCUAUCGUGGGGGGAGCAAACUUGUGUCUUCAUCCAUACGUCUCGCUUCAAUUCUCCAGACUUGGUGUACUCGCUCCGGACGGAAAGUGUAAGUCGUUCGAUGCUGAUGCUAACGGAUACGCCCGUAGCGAAACUAUAUCUGUGAUCUUCCUUCAAAAAGCUAAAAACGCGAAACGCAUUUAUGCCAGAGUUGUUCACACGAAAACGAACUGUGAUGGUUUCAAGGAACAGGGCAUCACAUUUCCUUCGACUGUGAUGCAGAGUGCAUUGUUACAACAAUUUUAUAAAGAGUGCGGAGUUUCACCAUCGAGUUUGGCUUACGUAGAAGCUCACGGUACCGGAACAAAAGUUGGUGACCCCGAAGAAGUCCACGCCCUCGAGAAAGUAUUCUGUCCGGGUCGUACGGAGCCACUACGAAUUGGUUCCAUCAAGUCGAAUCUGGGACAUUCUGAACCGGCCAGCGGUCUUUGUUCUAUUGCUAAGGUUGUAAUCGCAAUGGAAAGUGGGUACAUUCCACCAAAUCUAAAUUAUACCCGUCCACGUGAAGGAAUCACAGCGUUGGAAGAUGGCAGGAUUCAAGUGAUUACCGAGUUAACGCCAUGGAACGGUGGAUACGUUGGUGUAAACUCGUUUGGUUUCGGCGGUGCCAAUGCUCAUAUUCUCUUGGAAUCAAAUUCGAAAAAGAAGGUCAAUAACGGCCAACCCGAAGACGAUUUGCCCCGACUUGUAGUCGUUUCUGGGCGGACGGAGGAGGCUGUUACAACAAUGCUGAAUAGCCUCGAAAGUCGGGAAACAGAUGCGGAGUACGUAAGCCUCUUCCACGGUAUACAUUUGGAAGAGAUUCCCGGCCACUUGUAUCGUGGAUAUACCGUUCUGCCACCCCGUGGCUUACCAGAAGAUAGCAUUCGAGACGUGCAACAUUAUCCCGGUGCCAAACGGCCAGUGUGGUUUGUAUUCUCUGGAAUGGGUUCUCAGUGGGCUGGAAUGGGUGAAGCUCUCAUGAAAAUUCCUGUAUUUGCCAAGGCUAUCGAAAAGUGUGACGCAGCUCUCAAGCCACACGGAGUUGACAUUAUUGAUAUUCUGACGAACAAGGAUCCAAAAACAUUCGACAACAUCUUGAACUCAUUUGUCGGAAUCGCCGCAGUUCAGAUUGGCCUAGUAGAUGUUCUCACGUCCAUAGGAAUAGUAGCUGACAAUAUCAUUGGGCAUUCGGUGGGAGAGUUGGGCUGUGCCUAUGCAGAUGGCUGCUUCACUGCGGAACAAAUGGUCCUGGCGGCAUAUUCUCGAGGUUUAGCUUCGAUCGAAACGGAAUUAAUUCACGGAUCGAUGGCAGCUGUCGGCCUUGGCUACGAAGAAAUUAAAGAUCUAUGCCCACCGGAUAUCGAGGUGGCUUGUCACAAUGCUGCCGAGAGUUCGACGAUCAGCGGACCAGCUCAGUCCAUGAAGAAAUUCGUUGCCGAAUUGCAGGCAAACAACAUCUUUGCUCGAGAAGUCCCGUGCAGCAACAUUGCAUACCAUAGUCGCUACAUAGCAGCAGCGGGCCCAAAAUUAUUAACUUACUUGCAAAAGGUCAUUCCUGAUCCAAGACCUCGUAGUCAGAAGUGGCUCAGCACCUCCGUACCUCGAAACAAGUGGAACACUACUUCGGCUCGAUUGUGUUCAGCCGAAUACCACACGAAUAACUUACUGAGUCCAGUUUUAUUCGAAGAAACUUCAAACCUCAUACCAAACAAUGCAAUUACCAUUGAAAUAGCGCCACACGGGUUGCUGCAAGCCAUUUUGCGGAGAUCCUUGAACGAGAACGUCACCAAUGUGGCUUUAACUAAACGUGGGCAUAGAGAUAACGUCCAAGUUUUACUGCAAGCUGUUGGCAAGCUUUACGAAGUCGGUUUACAUCCGAAUUUGGCCAAUCUUUACCCGAAAAUCGACUACCCAGUCAGCAAUGGAACUCCUAUGAUAUCUCCUCUGGUGCGUUGGGAACAUUCGGAUGACUGGUAUGUGACCUGCUAUAGGAUGCAGGACAAAAUCACUUCGGGUGAAAGAACUGUGCAAGUCACACUUGCGGACGAAGCCUUUGAAUGGAUGGCAGGUCAUGUGAUCGAUGGGAGAAAUCUGAUUCCUGCGACUGGUUACUUGGCACUGAUUUGGGAGACUCUGGGUAUGAUGCAAGGCGAACUGUACACCGAGAUAUCAGUCGUAUUCGAAGAUGUCAGGUUUCACCGAGCAACCACAAUUCCGAAAGAAGGCAGCGUUGAGCUUACGCUCAUGCUUCAGAAAGGAUCGGGUAGAUUUGAAGUUGUAGAAGGAGGUACUGCCAUUGUAACUGGGUUAAUUCGUGCGAUUUCGAACCCAAGUCAAGAACGCGUGAGCAAUGAAACACUGUGCGAAGACCUGGAUGAACUAAAUGUAACCAGCAGAGAUGUUUAUAAAGAGUUGCGUCUUAGAGGAUAUCAAUACACCGGAGUGUUCCGUGGCAUUAAACAUGCAUCAUUGAGAGGGACCAAGGGACGCAUAGCCUGGACGAACAAUUGGGUAGCCUUCAUGGAUAAUAUGCUACAGAUGGAAAUACUAGGAACAGACACCCGAGGACUUUACGUUCCAACCGGUAUUCAGAAGCUUGUCAUAGACACUAAGAGUCAUUUAAAUGAAAUUCGGAGUAUGCCUGACGAUGAAAAAGAAUUCACAGUGCAAGUCGACAGAGACUUACAUGUCAGUGUGGCUGGUGGUGUUGAAAUAAGAGGACUGAAAGCGGGCGCUAUUGCUCGCAGGAAACCAGCUGGGGAUCCCGUCCUUGAGAAGUUCCAGUUCAUACCUCAUCGAGAUCUGGCUGAAAUGGCAUUGAAAGACAUCACUCGCAUCGCUACACAUAUAGCACUUGAAAAUCAUCGUGGUUUCAGAGUGAAAACCGUCGAAUUAAUGGGUGAAGAAGAUAACAUCUCACCUGAAUAUCUAACGUCCCUUCUCAUUCAAGAAAUUUUGAGUGAUUUACCCUUGAUCCAGGCCGAUAUCAACCUUGUGGGAUCUCGUGAAAAUUUUAGCAACGAUGUAGUUCCAUCUACUAUUACAGUCUCAGGACUGAAUCGACUGUCCAGUGACGGUGACGCUUUGAUGGUGAUUAGUCACGGUGUCUUCGCGAGCAAAAAUCACGAAAUUUUGAAACAACUUCAAACGGUAAUGCUGGACGGAGGAUUUUUACUAGCCAGAGAACCGUUGAAUAUCGAUUCCGCCAUUUUUGCGACUAUAAGACGUGGAGGCUUUCACGUCAUCCUGGAAAAACGCACAGAUAGAGAAUUCAUAAUUUUACUACGUAAGCAAUUGGGACUGCCAGAAAUAUCCGCAGUUAUACCGAUCAACAAUGACGAAUUCACAUGGCUAUCCAAACUUCAAGCUGCUCUGGAAGCGGAAAGAGAAAAAGGAGGUAGCCACAAUCGUCGAAUACUUCUUCUGAGUGAAGGGAAUUUCGAAAGUGGCCUUUUGGGACUCGCGAACUGCCUCCAAAAAGAACCAGGUGGCGAAAUUAUUCGAGGACUCUUAAUUCAAGAUUCGAGGGCUCCGAAAUUUUCUCUGGAAAAUCCAUUCUAUUCCGAACAAUUGCGAUUGGACUUGGCACAAAAUGUUCUACGCUCCGGAAAUUCAUGGGGUUCGUAUCGGUUUCUUCCAUUGGAUCCACCGCAAAUACAGCCUGUUUAUCAGACUGAGAUACGUCAACGAGUACGUGGUGAUUUGAGUUCACUCAAGUGGGUAGAAGGUUCAAUUCAGCCGGGAUUCAGCUCCGACCACUUGAUCAAGGUUCACUGCGCGUCUCUAAAUUUCCGCGAUAUUAUGGUGAGCACUGGAAAAUUAGCAUCUGAAGUUGCUGGGUCUACAAGGCUACAUCAAGAAUGUAUGAUCGGACUCGAAUAUGCUGGGACAGAUCCGAAAGGUAAUCGAAUCAUGGGAAUGGUCCGGGCUGGAUCCUUUUCGAACUUCUGUAUUAGUGACCCGAGACUUGCUUGGUCAGUGCCGGAUGACUGGACACUAGAGGAUGCAGCUACCGUCCCUGUUGCUUAUGCAACUGCUUAUUAUGCACUUUACAUCUAUGGCAGAAUGCGAAAGGGCGAUAAGGUUUUAAUACACGUCGGAACCGGCGGUGUAGGUCAAGCAGCUAUCAGAUUAGCCCUCUGCGAGGGCUGCGAAGUCUUUACGACAGUCGGAACUCCGGAGAAACGGGAAUUCAUUAAAAAGCAAUUCCCGCAAAUUGAUGACAAUCACAUUGGCAAUUCUCGAGAUACCAGUUUCGAGCAAUUAAUUCUUGGAGAAACUCAAGGACUCGGAGUGGAUAUUGUGCUGAAUUCUUUGGCAGAAGAAAAAUUACAAGCCUCGGUUCGUUGCUUGGCACAGGGAGGUCGGUUUUUGGAAAUUGGCAAAUUUGACCUCGUAGCUAACAACAACCUUGGGAUGGAAAUAUUUUUGAAGGAAAUCAGCUUCUAUGGUAUUCUGUUAGAUAAUUUAUUUUACGUUACCGAUCGCAAAUCAGAGGAACUGAGGUUACUAGUCCACAAAGGACUAUCCGCCGGUGUAAUCAAACCAAUUUCCAGAACUGUAUUCCCAAUGAGUCAAACCGAGGAAGCUUUCAGGUACAUGGCUGCUGGAAAACACAUUGGCAAGGUACUCGUCAAAAUCCGUGACGAAAAUCCAACCGAUGCGCCAGCUCUUCCUCUGGCGCUACCUCGUUACUAUUGCUUAGCAGACAGCAGCUACCUUAUUCUUGGUGGCUUGGGUGGAUUCGGUCUGGAGCUGGCCGAUUGGCUGGCAGUUCGUGGAGCCAGGAAACUAGUUUUGACAUCGAGAAGAGGAAUCAACACCGGAUAUCAACGUAUGCGCAUUAAUACGUGGAAAGGAUGGGGAGUGGAGGUUGUCGUAAUUGUCGGAAAAGAUCCCUCGACUCACGAGGGGUGCGAAGCUAUUCUGAAAGAGGCAGCGGCACUUGGUCCGGUAGAUGCUAUAUUCAACUUGGCGGUGGUACUCAAAGACGGCCUGUGUGAGAAUCAAACAGUGGAAUCAUUCGAAGAGUCCUUCAAAGCUAAAGCCUGGGCAACUAAGCAGUUGGACAAACUCUCCAGAAUCUUGUGUCCAAAACUCAGGCAUUUCGUCGUAUUUUCAUCGGUGUCCUGCGGUAGAGGAAACGCAGGGCAAACAAAUUACGGAAUGGCCAAUUCUAUAAUGGAACGAAUCUGCGAAUCGAGAGCGGCUGAAAAUCUCCCAGCCUUGGCCGUUGAAUGGGGAGCUGUCGGUGACGUCGGACUAGUCGCUGAAAUGCAAGAGGACCACAAGGAAAUUGUCAUUGGCGGCACCUUGCAACAGAGAAUAUCUUCAUGCCUGCAAGAACUGGAUGGUUUUCUACGACAAAAUUCCACCGUAGUCUCAAGCAUGGUUGUUGCUGAGAAGAGGGCGGCUGGAGGUGAUGCUGCAAACAUUGUCGACACAGUCAUUAACAUAAUGGGGCUCAAGGACCUCAAAACUGUCAGUGUGCACACGCCUUUGGCAGAAAUCGGAAUGGAUUCCAUGAUGGCCGUUGAAAUUAAACAAACCUUAGAGCGUGAAUUCGAAGUGUUCAUGACUGCGCAAGACAUUCGCGCCCUCAAUUUUGCGAAACUGCAAGACCUGUCUGCGAAAUUGCUGGAAGAGAGUGCGAAACACAAGAAGAUCGUAGAAACGGCGAACGAUUUAGGUGGUAUAAAAAUAUUAAUGCGGACUCUGGGAACGACGGAACUCGGUAAAGAUAUUUGCGUUUCUCUGCCAACUCAGGCAGAGGAUAGACGAGGAGAAGUUUUUGUACUGCCGGGAAUCGAAGGAACCCACACCGUAUUUAAUCCAUUGGUUCCUAAACUAAGAUCUCCAACGACUUGCUUACAGCUUCCGACGACUAUUCCAAACGUUGUAUCGAUUGGCGAUAUGGCUGACUAUUUCUUGCCGCAUGUCAAGGAAAGGAACAAGGGUCGCAGAGACUUCGUCAUAGCUGGAUAUUCUUACGGAAGUUUAGUGGCUAUCGAGCUUGCGAGACGUUUAGAAUCCGAAGGACUCCAUGGUCGUCUUGUGUUAAUCGAUGGCGCGCCCGAUUUGAUGAAAGCAAUAGUCAAUCAAAAUUUGAGUGCGGAAACUGAUGACCAGCUCCAAUCUGAUAUACUUUUGGGGAUAAUGGAUAUUCUCGCACCCUCCGUCAACCCAGCGCUUGCUGAGGAAUUACAAAAUUGCGGCAACUGGGAGAGUAAGUUGGCAGCAUUCACGAAAACGUUGCCAGAAGCAAAAAAUUUAAAUUUCUCGCCAGAAAUUCAGCAGGAAAUAUGUUCUGCAAUUUACCACCGAAUCAAAGCAGUUCUGAAUUUCGACAUCUCAGCAUUGCCACUUUUAGAAACACCGAUAAUCUUACUUAGGCCUAAGAUUCACUCUGUACGUUUGAUGGCGGAAGAUUAUGGUCUGAAUAAGGUCACUCGGGGAAAAAUAGAGGUGCACUACGUUGAAGGAAAUCACGUUACAGUGUUGGAACAUGAUGUCUGCGCUACAGCUAUAAACGGAGAUCCUAUCGAAGAUGCUGCGUCGUUCAAGAAAAGCAUAAUGGAAGAUGGUGCAAACCUAGCACCCAUUAAUAAUCCUGCAAGUCAGGCCAGCAGAAGUUAAAUUGGUGGAAAGACAAUAGGUCUUGAACUUAUUUAAUUUUGUAUGGAGAAUUAUUAACAUCCUGUUAUGAAAAACAACUCUAAUGAUCGUAAUAUAGUGAAUUUUUCUUCCAAGAUCAUGUCAAUUAUUGUCUGAUUGAAAAGUGCUCGAUAGGGAAAAAAUAAAGAGUAUGCAAUGCAAUCAUUUUCAUGCAACCACGUUUUAAUGUAAAACAGAUUAUACAUAAAUAGAAUAUGAACCUGAAUUUUCCACUGCACUGGUCCGACUAACGUAAUGAAAUCAUUUCAACAUUCACCCUUGAAUUCACCGUACACUCGCGUAUGUUUAUUACAGUCGGCCUCAUCAUCCAGUGACAAGUUUAGGUUGCCUCGCUCCGCCCGAAUUCCCGUUCAAGUCCGUCGUUGCCAAGUAUCCCGUUACUGCCUGUUGGGGCUGUCUGUAUUUGAGUACCUCACAUAUUCUUACGAUCUCA